AUGGUUGCAAUGACGGCGUCAGGUGGUAAAUGGAUGAUAUCCAGCAAACAGCUCAAGCUAUCAGUCCCAAUGUUGCACUUUAUUUUGACUCUGGUGGCACUGGCCUGGUUCCUAUUGGCAGUUCAUGCGACAACACCUGCUAAUAACGGUCCGUGUCCCGAUGGUUGGGAGGUGCAGGGCCAGAAAUGCUUCAGGUUUCUCAAAGAGAGCAAAAACUGGCAAGAUUCUAGGGACUACUGCAUCGGGAUCGGGGGGGAUCUGGUGGUGUUGGAGUCCCAAGCAGAGACCGACUACCUGGUGGAAAAGAUGAGGGCUUACGACGCUCACACCUUCCUGGGCUGCCGUGAUGUGGAGACGGACGGCCACUGGGUAUGCGAGGGAUACGACCCCAGCACCACCUACUUCGACGAAGGAGGAUCCUCGAGCGGUCACUGGACGACUGAGAAUCCAUUUCAAACUAAUGGAGGGACCGAUGAGAACUGCAUGGAGAUCUACCAUGAACAUUCGUGGAGUGUGAUGAAUGACGUCAGUUGUGACACCCUUGACCCAUUAGUAUCCUGUCAACUCAAGCUAGAGGACACUACAACGCCGAUAACAACUUUACCACAGCAGCCUACAACAAUUGUGAUCACGACACCUCAACAGCUAACAACGGCACCUCAGCAAGUGACAACGGCACCUCAGCAAAUGACAACGGCACCUGAACAGGUGACAACAGCGCCUGGACAGGUGACUACAGCGCCUGAACAGGUGACUACAGCGCCUGAACAGGUGACUACUCACCAGACAGCUUACUCAAGUGUUAAGACCCCUAACUGGCUGUUCAGCUCCCCAUUUGGGCCCGGCCAUUGCCUCGGCGACCGCGUAGUGACGCAAUUCACGACGCGCCUCACCCUACAGUGCGCCCUCCGUUGUUUGCGCGCGCAGUGGUGCGCCUCGUUUAACACAAUCAAAGAUGGCGACCAAACCAAAUCGAUGACGUGCCAGUUGAAUGACGCUGGGGCUGGGGAAAUGAGUUCCCUUCAGGGAACCGUUGGUUGUAUAACUUUUAAUAAGCUGUUUAAUGAGUGA